AUGGCAUCCGCCUCGUACUCUGGCUCGGCCAAGCUCAUCGAUGGAACCGCCAUCGCAAAGUCGAUCCGCGAGCAGGUAGCGGAGAAGAUCAAGGCGACCAAGGCCCAGUACCCGCGUUUCCAGCCCAAGCUGGUCAUCGUACAGGCCGGUGCACGGCCCGACAGCAGCGUCUAUGUGCGCAUGAAGAUCAAGGCUGCCGAGGAGGUUGGCAUCGCGCACAAGCACGUCACGCUCUCUGAGGACGCAUCGGUCGAGGAUAUUGUGCGCAUUGUCAAGGAUCUUAACGAUGACGAUGAAGUGAGCGGUAUCCUGGUACAACUGCCUCUCGGACCGCAUGUUGGCGCCGAGGGUGAGCGAACUGUCACCGAGGCCGUUAGCCCCGAGAAGGACGUUGACGGUUUCCACGCUUACAACAUCGGACAUCUCUCUUCCCGCUCGUCGAACCCGAUUUUCAAACCCUGCACCCCAGCUGGCGUCAUCAAGCUCCUUGAAUCUACCGGUGUACCCAUCUCUGGCGCGAAUGCCGUGGUCAUUGGCCGUAGCGACAUUGUCGGCAGCCCAGUUGCGGCUCUGCUUCGCAACAAGGACGCGACGGUCACGCAGUGCCACAGCCGGACCAAGAACCUCCCUGAGAUCGUCAAGCUUGCGGAUAUCGUCGUUUCUGCCAUUGGCAAGGCCGAAUUCGUCAAGGGCGAAUGGCUCAAGCCGGGCGCCGUGGUCAUUGAUGUCGGCACAAACUACAUUCCCGAUGAUACGAAGAAGUCUGGCCAGCGCCUCGUCGGCGAUGUUGACUUCGCCUCGGCUUCCAAUGUUGCCUCACACAUCACGCCCGUUCCCGGAGGUGUCGGUCCUAUGACCGUUGCACAGCUCAUGGAGAACACGCUCAAGUCUGCCGAACGUCUUUGGGCCGAGUCUCGCUCGCGCAAAGUGAAGCCUUUGGCGCUCGACAUCAAGGCCAAGGUCCCCAGCGACAUCGAGAUCUCGCUGGCACAGACGCCCAAGCCUAUCGCGACGCUCGCGCAUGAGAUCGGCGUUCUCCCCUCGGAACUCGAGCUCUACGGACAGUACAAGGCGAAGAUAGACCUCAAUGUUCUCAAGCGUCUCGAUCACCGUCAGGACGGCAAGUACGUUGUCAUCGCGGGUAUUACGCCCACGCCGCUUGGUGAGGGCAAGAGUACGACGACCAUCGGUCUCGCGCAGGCUCUCGGUGCUCAUCUCGGCCGCCCCGCCUUCGCGUGCGUGCGCCAGCCUAGUCAGGGCCCGACAUUCGGCAUCAAGGGCGGAGCUGCGGGUGGCGGAUACAGCCAAGUCAUCCCCAUGGACGAGUUCAACUUGCAUCUCACCGGCGACAUUCACGCCGUGACCGCCGCGAACAAUCUUCUCGCCGCUGCUCUCGACGCGCGUAUCUUCCAUGAGGCCACACAGACGGACAAGCAGCUGUACACGCGCCUCGUACCGAAGGUCAAGGGAAAGCGCGAGUUCGCUCCGCUCAUGUUCAAGCGCCUGCAAAAGCUCGGCAUCGACAAGACGGACCCUGACUCGCUCACGCCUGAGGAGAUCAACCGUUUCGCGAGGCUUGACGUGGACAAGGACACCAUCACCUGGAACCGCGUUCUCGACACCAACGACCGCUUCCUCCGCAAGAUCACCAUCGGCCAGGCGCCUACGGAGAAGGGUCACGAGCGCCCCGCAGAGUUCGACAUCGCCGUAGCCAGCGAGGCGAUGGCCGUACUCGCUCUUACCACGAGCUUGAACGACAUGCGUGAGCGUCUCGGUGCUAUGGUCGUUGCUACAAGCACUCGUGGCGAGCCGGUUACCGCCGAUGACAUCGGUGUUGGCGGCGCUCUCGCUGUUCUCAUGAAGGAUGCCAUCAAGCCGAACCUGAUGCAAACGCUCGAGGGGACACCCGUCUUCGUACACGCCGGUCCUUUCGCGAACAUCGCACAUGGCAACUCUUCCGUCCUCGCCGAUCGCGUCGCGCUCAAGCUCGCUGGCACAGAGCCGGGUGAUGCGGAUGCGAAGGAGCGCGUCGGGUACGUCCUGACUGAGGGCGGUUUCGGCGCGGACAUGGGCAUGGAGAAGUUCUGCAACAUCAAGUGCCGCGUUAGCGGGCUUACGCCCGAUGCGGUUGUUAUUGUGGCCACGACCCGCGCUUUGAAGAUGCACGGUGGAGGACCGGAUGUCACGCCGGGCAAGCCGCUUGCGGACACGUACACGAAGGAGGACCUAGAGACGCUCAGGGAGGGCACGAAGAACCUUGUCAAGCACAUCGAGAACUCGAAGAAGUUCGGGCUCAAGGUUGUUGUAGCCAUCAACCAGUUCGCCUCCGACACGCAGGCCGAGCUCGAACUCGUUCGUGAGCUUGCUCUCAACGGUGGUGCGGACGCCGCGGUCGUCAGCAACCACUGGGCCGAGGGUGGUGCUGGUGCCAAGGCUCUUGCGGAGGCCCUUGUCGCCGUCUGCGAGGGCGAGUCGCAGUUCAAGUUCCUGUACGACCUUGAGCAGCCGAUCGAGAAGAAGAUCGAGAUCAUCUGCAAGGAGAUCUACGGCGCCGACGGUAUCGAGCUCAGCGAGGCUGCCCAGAAGCAGAUCGAGACGUACACCCGCCAGGGCUACGGCGGACUUCCCAUCUGCAUGGCGAAGACUCAGUACUCAUUCUCGCACGACCCGAAGCUCAAGGGUGUGCCCACGGGCUUCACUGUCCCCAUCCGCUCCGUUCGCCUGUCGGCCGGUGCAGGCUUCCUCUACCCGCUCCUCGGCGACAUGCAGACCAUGCCUGGCCUCGGAACACGCCCGGGCUUCUGGGAAGUCGGACUCGACCCCGAGAGCGGACGUGUCGUCGGCUUGUUCUAA